AAAAUGGAGUUUUUAAAAGCAACCGGUGAAGUCAUUGAUAUUGACGAAACUAACCAGCCAGAAAUGGACCAGAAUAAUCCUUUCAUGCAAGAUUUUGGCCCUUCGAUAGAAAAGGAAUUCCAACAGAAAAUCCAAAGAGAUGACUUUAUACAAAACGAAGAAGAUUAUCAAAACAUCAAGUCAGCACUAUUCAGUACCUACACUAGUCCAGAUCAUUCCAAAAGAUCUGAGGCUGAAGCUCACCUGAAAAGAAUGGAAUCUGACCUAAAUUUGUACUGAAAAUCUCUCUUGUAUGCUACGAUAGAUGAAACUCUUGAUUGAACCAUGAAGAUGUCUGCAGUUAUUAAUCUUAAUAGAGCAGUCAAUAAUUCUCUGAAUAAAUUAGAACCUGGUGAUUAUCACGAUCUGAUGACUUUGCUUCUUCAGACAUCAUUUGACUUCCGAUGAGUGGAACCCUUGUUCAUAAAGUACACUGAAAUCAUUAUUUUCCUUAUUAACAACUAUAAAGAAACCCAAGGUUCAGCUGGUAGAAGUAAUCAAAAUCAAUCUUCUAAUUUGUCAGAAAUCUUCAAUUUCUUAGAUGAGAUAAUGACCAAGAAAGAGUACUCAAGUUGUAAUAAAAUUCUGAUAUUGUUAGAAGCUGUAGUCGGAGGAUUAAAACAAAAUAAUAACAAACAAGAGGGAGUGAUAGAAGUAUGCGAAAAGAGACUCUAAUAAGUUUUGAUGAUUCUAACCAGGAAACAAAAGAAUCCGAUCUGGGAUCAAAUUGUAUAAUUUUACGCAUACUGACCCUUCUAAACAUCAGCUCUACAGACCUACUCAAAUCAACCCCUAACUUCAUCAUUCAAGCUUGUUUCUCCACUUCCCACGACCCUGAAUCCCAAUACCUCACUUUCAAACCGCUCAUCAGUAAAACCCUCAAAACCUGCGUUGAACUCCUGUCCACCUACCCCAUCCACCCCCUGCCCUCCCCUCUCACAUCCCACCUCCUCUUCCUCAUCCACCACACUCUAACCGACUUCCCCCUCCUCUCCCCCUCCCACCACCGGCCAACAAUCUGCACUCUCCUAAAAACCCUCACCCAAAUCUUCACCUACUUCACCCUCGAUCUGACCCACACAUUCAGUCUUCUCCAAGACCAACUCUCCACAGCGCUUGUGUCCUUCUUCAUCACACAGAAUUCAGAAGCAGAAGAAGACCCGUAUAGAUUUGACUUGUUGAAUUUAGGAGGGAUUACGUACUAUGAUACGGUGAAGUCUUCGGCCACGAAGUUGGUGAAGUGACUUUUGGAGAGUGAGAAUGAGGAGUAUAGGAGGCUGGUAGGGAAGAUGUAUGAGUUUUGAGAGGGGUUUGUGAAGGUGUGUGUGGAGAAUGAGGGGGUUGCUAAGGUGUUAGUGGAGCAAGAUGGGGUUUUAGCGAGGUUUGAGGUAGCACAGGUGCUUGAGGCGGCGAUCCAUGUGGUAGAGCUCUUUCCAGACUCUUAUUGAAGGACUUUGUUGAAGGAGAGUUAUGGGAAGUUGAUGGAGGUUUAUAAGAAUGCGGAGUUUGUGUUAAAGUAUCGGAUAUUAAACCUACUAAAAUCUAAAAUGAAAUUGUUUCUUGAAAAUGAAGGAUGAUUCAGUGACUUGAUCUCAUUAUGUGAAGAGAUUGUUUAUAAUCAAUCUAGUCAAUUUAUUAAUACUGCAAUUGAGAUUCUUACUAUGCUAAUUGGGUACUACGAAAAAUAUGAAGAGAAACAUAAAAUAUAUAUCCAGGAAAAUUUCCUAUCAAAGAUCACCGGAGUUUUUAAAAUACUUAUCUGAAAUAUAGAAAAUGCAUAUGUCGAAGACUUUAUCAAUCAAACAAUCAGAUCAGGGAUCUGGUAUAAAAUAUACUCAGAUCAACUUUGAGAGAAUAUAUUCCAAGACAUUGUUAGAGAACUUAAGAAUGCUCCUUGCGAUACUCCUUCUCUUCAAACUCUCAAACUUUUCCAAGUGAUUGCAAAUUUACUCAAAAAUGAUAAGAUUGGUGAAGUAACUAAUAAGAUCAAAGAAAUUGUACCUGAAUUUUAUUCCCAUAUUCUUGAGGAGUGUCAAAGCCAGAAAGAGUUUGUUUCAGAGCAAUUACUACUAAUCUGAUCAUUAAUGGUCAAGAAUAUUAGUGACUUACGAGACCCUCUUGAUUUAGAUCAUCAUAAAGAAAACUCAUUAUCAAGCAACAUCUGGAUUUUAGAUUCACUAAAUAGCCUAGAGUCUGUUUAUGAAGGUAUUGGUUGCAUCACACCAGAAAUAAUUGACACUAUGCAGUAUUUCUGCCAGCCAGACAUUGAAAUAUUUGAUCAAGACAAGUAUAACACUAUCCUAGAAUCUUUCAUCAAAAUUGGUCUUAACGAGCUCAAAAUACAAAAUGCUAACAGUAAAAUGCACUUCAUUAGUGGAUGUGUAUAUUUUCAGAUACUUAUUCUGUCGAUGAAUAACUCCUCAAAGCUAAAUUCUUACAUUAAGAUAAUAAUCUGUGAAGUAUUGGAAGCUUAUGAGAAUGUCAACUCAGAAGAGAAGUUUCCAAGGCCUGUUGCAAUAUGUUUUCUAGCUCUAUUUUGGACAUCUCUCGAUCAAACUGUCAGUUGAAUAAAAGAACUAGAUCUUGAAUUUAAAAUUUACUCAAUGAUAAUGUCUGCUACUAAGAGUAUCAGAUACCCAACCGAGCAUAAAAUAAUGAUAAUGGGGUUGAUCAAUUACUUGGAAUCUUAUGAAUCACCUCAGACAGUGCCGGUCUUCAACAAAACUGUAAUUGAAAAUCUGAUCUAUACUUUGAUUUUAAAAUUAAAAUAUGAAAAUGCCAAAGCAGCAGAAGCAGAAAACGAAGAAGAAGAUUAUAUCGACAAUUUCCAGGAUAAUGAUGAAGAUUACUCAAUUGUAUCUAACCCAACAGAGUCUUCCUCAGACUCGGAUGAAUAUCUUCCUGACUUCUAUGAGGAAGAACAUGAAUAUAUAUCUGCAUUAUAAAAAUGCACAAGAGCCCAUUGCUUGCAUCUAUUGAUGAUUUUGCUUACUUUAAAGAAUUUAUACACAAAAUAUUGCAGCCUAGUCCAUCUUCAACAAUUAAAAUUUCUUUGACUAGAAUUUCAAGGUCAAUACAACCUAAUCUGUGAGCAGAUUUGCACCAGAUCUUGUCUUCCCUAAAGCCUCAGACAAAGAAUCAACUUCAGCAACUACUGAAAGUAAACAAAUUCAGAGUCUUCACUGGUAGGCAUAAAAGAGGUCAAAGAUAUAUAGGUGUUGUUCACAGAAAGAUAGUUAAAGCCAAAAGAAGGAGCCAAAGAAACCCUUAAGACUUUCCCCACACUCUCAAUAUCCCAAAAAGAUUAAAGUUCUGACAGAUACCAAAUCAAAUAUAAUUACUUUACCACCCUUACCAUUCCCUCCAACC